AUGACAUCCUCAGAAAUUCUCAAUUCUGUCAAUGGCUCACCAUCGCCUGUGCAUGGUAGAAGCUAUCAGAAUGACCUUUCCGAUAACAGCUUAUUCGCCCAGCAUGAGCAACUCGUCGAUUGGGUGCUCCGCAACGAAGGCUACAUGCACCCAAAUGUCGAGCUUGCCUAUCAGCCGUCCAAGGGCUACCACAUGGUCGUUGCAGACGGCAAGAAAAUCAAGCCACAGACACGCAUUGUCAGUUGCCCGGUGUCAUGCUCGUUGUCGGUCCUCAACGUCUUGAACAUUGCACCAUUCUCAGAUCACGGCACCAAGUUCCCCCGUCAGUACUUGCACAACAACGUAGCACGCCCAGAGCUGUUGCAAGCCUUCUACCUCAUGGAACAGAAAAUGCUUGGCGAUCAGUCAUGGUGGGCACCAUAUAUCAAGACGCUACCGUCGGUAGAAGACAUCAAUGCUCUGCAAUUUGAUUCACCCGAUGAUCGCCAGUGGCUAGAAGGGACAAAUCUGCAAUCUGGCUGGGCAGACUUGACAUUGAAGUGGCGGUCUCUUUACGAGAAAGGGCUGCAAGAACUGAAAGUACUGAACUGGACAAACGCAAUCAAUGGCGCGUUCUCUUGGGAUCUUUAUCGUUGGGCCGCUACCAUCUUCGGCAGUCGCGGAUUCUCAUCUGUCGUCUUAUCUGACACGACUCCAUCAGAGCUGGCUCGGCUUGGAGGCCACCACGGCGUCAAGGAAGCUCCAUACGUCAAGGAACUCUUCACUGAACGUUUCUCCGUCUUACUACCACUACUUGAUGUCCUCAACCAUAAGCCCCUCGCGAAAGUUGAGUGGCAGCCGCGAACCGCUUUCGUGGGGUUGCAAGUACUUGAACCGUACGAAGCUGGUCAGGAGCUUUGCAAUAAUUACGGGCCAAGAGACAACGAAAGCCUACUGCUCUCGUACGGUUUCAUUAUCCCGGACAAUCCAUUCGACCAUGUACUUCUUUCCAUCAGUCCGCCUCCAGGAACACUCCUAGACAUCGUACGUUCAUGGACUCCAGACCAGCGCUCGAGCCCAGAUCGCAAACCAUACCUGCUAGAGGUCAAUCAUCAUAAAGGCCACUCCGCGAGCUGUUUCGAAUCUUCUGUAUUCGGCUUUGACCUUCUCGACGCCGUUUCAGUCCUAUCCGCCAACGAGCGGGAGGCUCAGGCUAUGUACAACGCGAAGAAGACGCUUGUCAGCUUCGGUCUCGCUUCGCCUCAUAACUUCGAUGAUUUCAGAAACUUCCUGGGGAUUUUCGGACAGCUGGAGCUGAAAUGUCGAGCCGGAGCAUCAAGACUCAAGAGCACGUAUCCCACUCAGCCGCCAGUGACUCCUAAGCAACAGACUGGUAAAGCCUACCGUGACAUCCAAUACCGCAUCUAUUCUACCGCAGCUGCCGUUUGCAGGUAUAUCCUCCUGAGGGCGCACAUGGAUGGUACGUUGGACGACAGCCGCGUCUUGGCUGUGUUGCAGCAAGAUCUAUCACCUGAAGCCUACGUCAAUCUCCAAGCACAACUAGUCCGACAUACCCCAAUCACAUAUCCUAACGAGCUCCUUUCGGUUGAUGGGUUUCUGUCGAUGUUGCCUCAAGACUAUCUUGAGGAGCUGCAAGAUACGAUGAAGAAUAUACCAAAACGAUCAAAUGACUCGUCGGGUGCCCGUCAAGCUGAGACGUCCACACAGGGCCACUUUGCGUUUCUCAUUUCGGCUGCAUACCACUUCUACUCUCGUGGCACUCGACUUCCGAAGCGGCUCAGUCUCUGGAUCGAAAAGAUCAUCGCUUGGUAUCCACCUGAUGAUCCAAACUGGUCAUACGUUCCUGAGCCGGGGCCGUGGGAGCCAGGGACCGAACCCCCUCAGGGACUGGUCGCCCUGCUUGAAGCCCGUGAUGAAUUCGUGGGAGAGCGCAACGGAAGUCCCAAUCCUGAAGGCUACAUUCGCUGGCAUUGGCUGAAACGACCAUCAUUGUGCUGGGGUUGGAAUGUGAUGCAUGAGGAGACUAUUCAAGUCUCCAAGGAAAUAACAGAACUUGCCAGCACCAGCGGUGCAGACACUGAUCCAGGUCCUAUGAGAUACUUACUCUACGUCAACGCGCACUAA